UCCCCAGGACUGGCGCUCUGGCUCCAGCAGCAUCCUGUCGCUGUCUUCCUUAUCGCCGUCAGGGCUGCCCAGGUCACACCUCCCAGGACCCAGGCCGCUGGCAUGGGAGCACUGCUGUGGCUGCUCCUCCUUUUGCUGUCCCAGGAAGGUGAGAGAAGGGUACUCUGGAGAUGGUGUGGAUCCGAGGAAGUGGUUGGGAUCCUUCAUGAGUCCAUCAGGCUCCCCCUGGAAAAGCCAUUUAAUGAGGAGGUUGAGAACAUCAUCUGGUCCUCCCACAUAAGUCUUGCCAUUGUGGUGCCAGAGAAAGAGGGACGUCCGGCUACCAUCAUGGUGACCGACCCUCGCUAUGAGGGCCGAGUAAACUUUCUGGAGCCCACCUACUCCCUCCAUAUCCAAAAUCUGAGCUGGGAGGACUCGGGAUCUUACCAAGCUCAAGUCAACCUGAGGACGUCCCAGGUCUCCGCCAUGCAGCACUACAAUCUACGCAUCUAUCGACGUCUGUCACAGCCUCACAUGACAGUGAACUUUGAGAUCCCUGGGGAAGAAGGCAUCUGUAAUAUGUCCCUGAUAUGCGCUGUAGAGAAUGCGGGCUUGGAUGUGACCUACACCUGGAUAUCCUGGGAAGACGGCGCUGAUACAGCCCAUGAAGGCUCCAUCCUCAGAGCGUUCUGGAGGCCCGGGGACAAGGUCGCCUCUUACACCUGCAGGGCCAGCAACCCUGUCAGCAACAUCACUUCCCGUCCCAUCCAAGCUGGGUCCUUCUGUGCAGAUCCUGGCGACCCUUUGGAGAAGGCCUCUACUUCCUUUUGUCUUCUGGCCAAGGGACUGCUCAUCCCCUUGCUUUUUGGAACACUGGCUGUGGGCUUCUGGUUCAUCCGAGUCCAGACAAGAGGCAAAGUGCCGAGAAUGAAGAAACUCAAGAGAAACAGAAUGAGAUUGAGAAAGAAGGGGCAGCCUGGCCCCAGCCUGAACUGAGGGCCCCUGGGGGACCCCUGUCCUGAGCAUUGCUUCUUCUCAGCCCCAGGGAAACCUUCCUCUCCUCCCCAGGUGCAUCUCUUUCCAGGGGAUCAAGGGGUGGGCAUCUCAAGGGCGUGCUCCAUGCCGCAUGCUUCCCAAAACUGCUUUUGGAAAAGAAAGUGAGUCUAAAAGACCUCC